UAACUUGUUUUUAUAAAACAGAUAUUUUGUUGUUAGGAAGCAAAAAAUAAAAAUAAAAAAAGUGAAAAUAAAAAACAUUAUUAUUAAUGUUAUUUUUUAGGCCAGCUUUGAUAAAAGGUAUUUUCAUCUUGCACCUUAAGAAAAAAAAAACCAAAACACAAUGACUGAGGCACUGAAAUCUGUUACAAAAAUUAAUUUGUUGACAUACAUAUUUUGUUCUUAGGGUUAGGGUUUCUAGAACUUUUGGGAUUUGUAUGCCCAAAUUUUUAUUCUUUUAUAAUUUGAUUUCUUCCAGAUUUACCCUUUAUCCAUCUGUGAAUUUCUGCCAAUAACAACUGUAUUCUUGCGCAGAUCAAAAAAAAAAAAAAAAAAAAAAACUGUAUUACUGCAAUCUGUUAAUUUUUUUUUUUGAAAAUUUUAUUUUUAUUUUUUUGGAGAAAUUUUCUGGGUCUUCUUGAUGAUUUUGUUGAUUGUCUGAAAGAAGGUCUUGUUUGUCAUAUUUGGAUUUGUGUGGGUACCCAUCAGACCCAACUUUGCUGUAGCGAAAGGCUUUUUCGUUCCUGUGCUUACUGUUCUGGCGGUCUUUUUAGGUUUAAGGUUGGAUCUGAUUCGGCUUUUUUUCUAUUUUUAAUCAAUCAAUUUGAAAAGAUUUUAGGUUUUUUUUUUUUUUUAAAAGGAUCUGAAGGUUGAGUUAAAAUAAAUUUUUUUUUGGGAUUCAACUUUAUUUGAUUGAUGUUCUUAAAGAAUCUGGGUAUUUUCAACGGAGUUUUGAGCUGGGUUUAGUUUCCGUGGAAGUUUCAGACACUUGGAUCAAAAUCAUAUGAGAACUUUUUCUUUUAUAAUUACUGGGGAAAUUGGAAGAGUUUCUCAGAGUUGGGCUCCAUGAUCCAAUACUUGCAACGUCAUAAUUAAGCUCCAUGAGAAGUUGUUGUCCUACUUGCAUUUAUGCUGUAAAUUGAUUCUUUUACAUAUAGAAACGAUUUGGAGUCAGUCAUCUACUGUCCUCGUUUCACAUUACAAUGGGGACAGAACUCAUGAGAGUUUGCAUCAAAGAAGAUAAUGAUGAAUUUCCACCGGUUCCACCGGGUUUCGAGUCAUUCACAUCUUUUACCUUAAAGAGGGUGGAGGAUGAGAAUCAAGCUAGUCAAAACAUGGUUGGUUGUUCGGCAUCUCCUAGUGCUACCGAAUUAGAGUCACUUCAGAUGGAAACCAGCAUUGAUGUUAACAAUGUUGCUAAGAUUACAAGGUCCCUCAGGCGUAAGCCCGGGAUAAACUACGGGAAAUAUGAUUGUAGUUCUGAGGAUGAGUUGGAUGAAAGGAUUAAUCAUAGUUUUGCAAGGCCUCGUUUGCCAAAGGGGGUAGUACGUGGUUGUUCAGAGUGUCACAAUUGUCAAAAGGUUGCUGCAAAAUGGCGUCCUGAGGAUGAUCGAAGGCCUGACCUUCAGGAUGCUCCUGUCUUCUACCCAACUGAAGAGGAGUUUGAAGAUACGUUGAAAUAUAUAGCAAGCAUACGCCUGAAAGCUGAAUCAUAUGGAAUUUGUCGCAUUGUUCCCCCUUCUUCAUGGAAACCUCCUUGUGCUCUCAAGGAGAAAAAGAUUUGGGAGAAUUCUAAAUUUGCUACUCGUGUCCAGAGAGUUGACAAGCUUCAAAAUCGACAUUCAGUUAAAAAAACAUCAGUAAUUCACAAUCAAAUGAGAAGGAAAAGGAGGAGAAGCAUGCGGAUGGGCUCUGAUUGUGUGACUGGUGGCAAAGGACCUGGUGGUGUUGGACAUCAGGAGGCAGAAACUUUUGGAUUUGAACCUGGCCCAGAGUUUAGUUUGGAAACAUUUCAAAUAUAUGCUGAUGACUUCAAAACCCAGUACUUCAGAAAGAAUGAGAAUGUUGCUGGUGGUAACUUUACAGUGCUCAAUGAGGAUUGGGAACCAUCUGUUGAGGAUAUUGAAGGUGAAUAUUGGCGGAUGGUAGAAAAACCUACUGAAGAAAUUGAGGUGCUCUAUGGAGCAGAUCUGGAAACUGGUGUUUUUGGCAGUGGUUUUCCCAAAAGCUCAAGUCAAGAUGGUUCAGCUGCCAUAGAACAAUAUAUAAAAUCUGGUUGGAAUUUGAACAACUUUCCUAGGCUUUCUGGAUCUGUUCUAUCUUAUGAAAGCAGUGAUAUUUCUGGAGUUCUGGUGCCUUGGUUGUACGUAGGCAUGUGCUUUUCUUCAUUUUGUUGGCAUGUUGAAGACCAUCACUUGUACUCAUUGAAUUACAUGCACUGGGGUGCACCAAAGCUGUGGUAUGGUGUCCCAGGGGGGGAUGCCUGCAAAUUGGAAAAAGCUAUGAGAAAACAUUUGCCUGACCUUUUUGAAGAACAGCCUGACUUGCUUCAUAAGCUAGUAACACAGCUUUCCCCCUCCAUUCUGAAAUCUGAUGGUGUACCUGUCUUCAGAUGUGUUCAGAAUCCUGGAGAGUUUGUUCUGACCUUCCCACGAGCAUAUCAUGCAGGGUUCAACUGUGGCUUCAACUGUGCAGAGGCAGUUAACGUGGCUCCUGUUGACUGGUUGCCCCAUGGGCAGAUUGCAAUAGAGUUGUACUGUGAGCAGGGACGAAAGACUUCCAUUUCACAUGACAAACUCUUGCUUGGGGCAGCAAGAGAAGCAGUAAGAGCGCACUGGGAACUAAAUUUAUUGAAGAACAAUACUUCAAAUAACUUAAGAUGGAAAGAUGUUUGUGGGAAGGAAGGCGUCUUAGUGAAAGCACUUAAGACACGGGUGGAGAUGGAGCGUGUAAGGAGAGAAUUUCUUUGCCCUUCUCAGGCACUGAAGAUGGAGAGCAAUUUUGAUGCCACCAGUGAAAGGGAAUGCAGCAUAUGUUUUUUCGAUUUGCAUCUGUCUGCAGCAGGUUGCCAUUGUUCACCAGAUAAAUUUGCAUGCUUGAAUCAUGCAAAACAAUUAUGUCCAUGUGCUUGGGGUGAUAAAUUUUUCCUUUUUCGCUAUGACAUCACUGAAUUAAACAUCCUGAUUGAGGCACUGGAGGGAAAAUUAAGUGCUAUAUACAGAUGGGCUAGACUAGAUCUUGGAUUAGCCCUGAGUUCCUAUGUCAAAGAUAAUAUGCAGGUGGUUAGACAUCUUCAUUCCUCCAGCGAAUCUAUACCUGGAGAGAUGAGUUCACACACUUCUGCCAAUUCCGUUAAAGGUCCUUCAGUUAUAGAAAUCACAAAAGAGAGCUGUAUAAACUCAACUGGAAUUAUUGACCAGACUUCUUCAGAGCAAAAGAAGACAUCACCGGAAGCUGCAUUACCUUUAAGAAAUACAAGGACAUCAUCUAUAUCUCGCAGUUCAUGUGAAACUGAGAUGUUGAAUAAUACUUCUGAGGUAAAGGGAGGAGAAUCCAUUAUUUUGACUUCCAAUACAAGAACCCCAGUUUGCCAGUUGUCUGAAGAAGACACAACAUACAUGGUAGAGCCAGUUAAAGGAGCAUCUGUGGUGAAGAAAACUUCAGUCUUAAAGCAUGAUAAUAUUAUACUUCUUAGUGAUGAUGAAGGUGAUGAGCCAAAGGUAUUAGUUUCAGAUAGAAUAGAAGAUACUUCUGCUGCUAAGUGGUCAGAGCAUUCUGAGAGGCUGGAAGCUCCUGUUGAUAAAGUGAGCCCUUGUAAUUACAAUAAAGAUACAAACUUGACUACCCCAGUGACUGAUGCAGCGGUGAUGGGUGAAAAGGGCAGCAGUCAAGUACCUGACGGAGAAAGGAAGAGUUUGUCUCGUUCUGUUCAUGUUAAAGAUGAACAAUGCGAAAAUGGUGGACAUGUAGGAUGUAAUCUACGAAGCCAUUCUUUACGUUCAGGUUCCAUGGGUCCAGAAUCUGGUAGAAAUAUACAGGAUUCCUCAACCACUAGCAACACCAGUGAUCUCAAUAAUGCAACUUUGAGGAACGAACCUAAGCAUCCACAUCCUUGUGCCAGUGGAAUAUUUGAUGGCAUGAUCCCAAAUUUAUCUGAAAAUGCAAGAACUUUUACUGGAAGCCCAUCAUCCAGCUCAAAUAAUUUGGAUAGAUAUUAUCGCCAGAAGGGUCCCCGUAUAGCAAAAUUGGUAAGGAGGAUCAAUUGCAUGGUUGAGCCUCUGGAAUUUGGGGUCGUGCUUUCUGGAAAGUCAUGGUGCAAUAGCCAGGCCAUUUUUCCAAAAGGGUUUAGGAGCCGGGUGAGGUACAUGAGUGUCUUAGAUCCCACAAUUAUGUGUUACUAUGUAUCGGAAGUACUGGACAUUGGACGGACUGGACCUCUGUUUAUGGUUUCCUUGGAGCAGUUCCCAAGUGAAAUAUUUGUCCAUGGUUCAGCUACCAAGUGCUGGGAAAUGGUGAGAGAGAGAGUCAAUCAAGAGAUUUCAAGACAGCAUAAACUAGGAAGAAUAAACCUUCCUCCUUUACAGCCUCCUGGAAGUCUUGAUGGCUUUGAAAUGUUUGGGUUUACUUCACCAGCUAUAGUACAGGCCAUAGAGGCAAUGGAUCGAAACCGAGUCUGUUCUGAGUAUUGGGACUCCCGGCCGUACUCCCGGCCUCAAGUUCAGAUUCCACAAACUUGUCGAUCAAAAGACAGCAGCGGAAAUUCUCAGGCCAAGUCAGAGCAAAAAGAUGAUAUAGGAGGUGCCUUUCAGAAUCAUCAUCCAUUGCCCGUUGGAACUGAUACGGUACUGAGGGGCCUAUUCAAGAAGGCUAACCUAGAAGAACUACACACACUGUAUAGCAUUUUACAUGGCAAUUCCUCUGCAGCCGGUCAGCGCUCUGUGACUCAACUUCUUAAUGAAGAGAUUCACACUCGGCAGAGAUGAUUCACUAAUUAAUUGGUCCUCAUACUCGCAAGUCUUUUGUGUUUUUCUUCAGAGACUACACGCUGCUAUGAUGGCAGUUUUUGACUCUUUUGUAUUACUUACCUGAUUUUUCAGGUUGCACAUACAUCACUCUCAAACAGGUCAUUCUUUUAACCUACAGUAACAGAAGAGGACCGUCUAGUAGAGGACAAGUACGCCCCUCCCCAACAAAAGAAAAACCUAAAAGAAGGGAAUCAAAAAAACAAUGUCACAGUAAAUAUGUUUGCACUUUUAUUUUUCUUUUCCAACAACUCCAAUUUACGAAUACAAAACAGGUUGAAUUC